AUAUUCAUGAGCUUUGGCCUUCGCAGUAGUAUUUCGUGUCCGGUCGACGACGCACUGCGCAUGUCAGUGCAAAAGAUAAACGACAACUAACGUUACAUGACCAGCGGUGCUCACUUACAUCGAUUCGUUCAGGUGUAAAAAAAUGGGGAAGGCUCUUUCCCACCUGCCGAAGCAUACCUGUCAUGAUGAGUGUAAGGACAGUCUGACCUCUUCACCUGGGUACAGCGCCAUGCAGACAGACGACAACAAGAACGGGGGAGACGUGUCUCAGUUCCCCUACGUGGAGUUCACUGGCCGAGACAGCGUCACCUGCCCCACGUGCCAAGGCACUGGAAGGAUCCCUCGGGGCCAAGAAAAUCAGCUGGUGGCCCUGAUCCCGUACAGCGACCAGCGGCUGAGACCAAGGAGAACCAAGCUGUAUGUGACCGCUUCGGUCAUUGUGUGCCUGCUGCUCUCCAGCCUGGCUGUGUUCUUCCUUUUCCCACGUUCCAUUGAUGUCAACUACGUGGGAGUGAAGUCUGUCUAUGUGUCCUAUGACCAGACCAAACGCAUCGUGUAUCUCAAUGUCACUAACUCACUCAAUAUUACCAACAACAACUAUUACUCCGUGGACGUGGCCAACAUCACAGCCCAGGUGCAGUUUUCAAAGACGGUGAUUGGAAAAACCCGCAUUAGCAACAUAACCACUAUCGGCCCUCUGGAUAUGAAGCAGAUCGACUACAUGGUGCCCACCACUAUUGCAGAUGAAAUGAGCUAUAUGUAUGACUACUGUACCCUGCAGAGCAUCAAGGUGCACAACAUUGUGGUUAUGAUGCAGAUAACUGUGACUACCGUGUACUUUGGCCACGCUGAGCAGGUGUCUCAGGAGAUGUACCAGUAUGUGGAUUGUGGAGAAAACACUACUGCUCUGCACGAGUACAGUCUGAAUACUCCUCUGACAGGCUAGAGCUGAACCUGACAGUGGGACCCCUCACCCUGUCCCUGUCCCUGUCCCUCACCGCUCCUCUCCAUGUGUCAUUGUUUUGGCAAAACUGGUUAAGUGUUUAAUGCACUUUUGCCAGUUAACCACUAGGUGUCAGGCAAUUCACGAAUAAUGCACUUUAUUGUCCAUGUUCUCCAAGCAAUAUAAACAUUGCGAGAUCUCCCAAGUUCUCAUUCCGGGUUCACUUUGCCAAACUGAAUUGUUCACUACAGAUUCAUUUUUGACAAAGUACCUUGGUUUUUCAAGCACUACAUGUGGUAUUUAAAACCUUUCUAAAGUGAUGUAUUUGAAGACCAGCUGUGCUUUGGGUUAUUAUUUAUCAUUUCUAUCAUUUUGAAUAAUUCCUGUUAAUACCUCAUUCCGCAGUGUUGGUUCAGACUCAGAAGCAGUAUUACAUAAUGUUGUUUCAUAAGGGGCAUAUUUAAGAUUACGUUCCGCUACUAUAUGUGUUUAAUACAAACAGGAUCAUGUAACAGCGGAAGGAAUGUCAGUGUAGAUAGUGCACAAGUCGGGGAAGGUAAAACACUUCAAUCUAUUUAUUUUGUAAUGCAAAGUUUCUCAUUGUUGCAGUUUAUAAUCUUAAUUUCUUCAGGAGAAAUUGCCUCAUAGAGCACUAAUUACAAUAAAGAUAGAGCACUAAUUACAAAAAUGACUGCAAUCUUGAGAGCAUCCGGCUGCAUGCAUGAAGAAAAUAGUAUGGAAUGAUCAUUUCCUCAGAUUCCCUUGUGUUUAGAAUUGAAGUUUUUCUUAUUAAAGCUAGACGUGAUGUUCGAUUGAAAGAACUUUGAUAACAUUUUUCAAAAUGGAACUUUACAUUUUAAAAUAUUUUAAUCAUGUUGUAAAACAGCUUCACAGAUUAUUUUUGCUUAAAGGUGUAAUGGAAGUGGCUGCUAACAUGAUGUGGCAUUUAUGCAGUUCAUAACAACCGCUGGCUUGAUGUCCAUGUACAUGUUUAAAUGUAACACUUGUGAUUUUUGAGAAAAGUGGUUUGGACUGCUUUAGAGGUACACUGAAAUAACCAUUCUGACUGGAGUCCCAUUAAAUAGACAUGUUUUGAGUCA